AUGAAAAGCUAUCCAGAAGUGUUCAAUGGCAAUCUUGAUACUCUGACAAGGGACUUGCACUUAGAAGAAGAUGACUCAGUCAAACCUGCACAAUACCCAGCAAGAUGGGUUCCAGUGGCAGUCAGAGAUGACUUGAUAAGAGAACUGGAGCGUCUGGAGAAAGAAAGCAUGAUUGAAAAGGUGCAUAAACCUACAGACUGGGUGUCACCAUUGGUGACAGUCGGAAAACCAAACGGCAAGCUACGUAUAUGCUUAGAUCCACAGCACGUCAACAGAGCGUUGAAAAGAUGUCAUUAUCCAAUGAUGAUUAUUGAUGCACUGCUGCCCCAACUAUGCAAGGCUAAUGCGAUGUUCAGAAUGGGUUCUGGCAUGUAUUGUUGGUUAAUGAUGCCAUUCAGCAUCUCUCCAGCUCCGGAGAUAUUCAAGAGUUGGUUGGACCAGGCCCUGGAAGGGUUAGAGGGAGUCUACGUGACUGCUGAUGAUAUACUAGUAGCAGGGGAAGGUGCUACAGUAAGUGAAACUGUUCAAGAUCAUGAUCUGAGAUUGACCGCACUGCUCGAUCGUUGUAAAACCAAACAAUUAAAAGUAAACAAGGACAAAUUCCAGUUGAGAGAAAGUGAAGUCAAGUAUGUGUGCACAAUUAACACCCGUGGCGUCAAACUAGAUCCAGGCAAGGUAUUGGCAAUCCUGCAGAUGGAGCCUCCUUGA